AUGUCUGUUGAAAAGAGUCUUGAUUGCACAGACUGCCAUCAGAAGCUAAAAGUAGAUUCACGACUUGUUCUCAAAAUUGCAACAUCCCAGGGGAAUUGUUAGCCUGCUUUGAGUUGUUAAAAACCACAUUCGCCGGCACGCCACGUUGAUUUUCUUUCUCUGCCGAUCAACAUCAGCAGUAUGCAUUUGGACAAAUCCCACCCAGCUUCUCUGAACAGAUCCAGACCAUACCAGGGUGUUCGAGUCAAAGAUCCAGUUAAAGAGCUGCUGCGAAGGAAAAGAAGUCAAGAGAUGUUGAGCACCAAGACAGCACCAGAUACCGGGGAUGUGAUUACACACAACAACCAGUCGACAUUCACACAAGGUAUCUUUGGGAAUGAUGUCGCCAGCUGCUCCCUAACAAAGUCUCCUGUUUGUGAUGGAGAAAUGACACAAUGGAGAGCUCCACUUCCUAUCACCAGGCCUGGACUUCAACCUACAGGAUCUCCCUGGUCCUCACCCGACUACAGCGAGCAGGUCACUUGUGCUCAACCUCUGGCCUACCCAACUGGCUCCACUUUGACAGCUGAUGUUUACAUGCAAACUUUGUGCCCAAGUUACACUAUGCUUACCUACAAGCAGACGCCGCUGCUCACAAACGUUGGGACCAUCCCUGUGGCCACAUCAACAUGCUCCCUUCCUCAGAUGGACCUCCAAGAAUUAGGGUGUGCUUAUAUCCCCUGGACCCAGCCCCUCACCACCCUAUCUACCAUGCUUUCAGGGGUUCAGUUAACCCCAGGGUCUCCAACUCUAUCAGGGUCCCCUCUGGUACAUAUGUCUUUGUCCAAGACUUUGACCACCACACUUCCUCAGCUAGACACCCAAGGUAUAGAUUCUCAGGCCCAGAUCCUGGAGCCAGUGCAGUAUUCAGAUCUCACGAACCCCAAGCAACAUGAUGAGGUGCUGGAUGAAGGUCAACCAGGAGAAUUGGAAACACCAAACCUACUUGAUAAAAUUCUGGAGGAUCAGGGGAAAGAAGAUGAAUCAGGAGACAAGGUGUCAUACAGUAACUCACUGUUUGCAUCAAAUGGUUUUUGACUUAUUUUUUUAAAUGAAUGAGUACAUUAAUUUCUUGUCUUCACUGACUGCAAAAGUAAAAAGGAUAGAGGUAUCAGUGUGAUUCUUUGUUGAUUUGUUUGCUUUUUAGAUUUAAAUUUGGGUGUUUACACAUUCUAAUUUCAGUGUAAAUACCAAUAAAUAAAAUGAUGGCAACUUCA